CCAGAUUAAAAAGCAUAAACAGGCAGUGAGCUGGCACAUUUUUGCACUGGCAGUAGCAGAGUAUGAAGUAAACUCCAGAACUCAGACACCAAUGCUCAGAUAAAGUACAAAUCCUCCAAGAUGUAUUUAUUGGGAUUCCUUGUUGUUUUAUCAGCUGCUCUGUGCUGUUCUGCUCAAGUGAGAUGCAAGAGGCCAGAGCGAAGGAAGGAAGCAGAACUUGUAGAUGAUGCUGAAACAUUCGCACCUGGUACAACAAUUGUUUUUAAAUGUCGGCCUGGAUACAGCAGACUUGGCAGUAUAAAAAUGACCUGCACAGAUGUUGGCACAUGGGUUACUGCUUCUCCAGAAGGACAAUGCAAAUUGAAGUCAUGUGGUCACCCUGGAGACAUUGAUUUUGGAACAUUUGAACUCACAAAAGAAUCUGAAUUUGUGUUUGGAGCAGUUGUGGAAUACAAGUGUGAUGACGGGUACCAAAUGUUGAGCAGACAGAAGACCAGACAAUGUACUGCGAACGGCUGGAGUGGUGCCGUUCCUCACUGUGAGGUUAAAAGAUGCCCACCAGUGGAGAUGGAGUCAGGAGUAAACCUCUUGUCCACUUCGUUUGACGAUGAUGAGUAUUCUGUUGGUCAGGUCGUACGGUUUGAAUGUAAAAACCCCAGAUUUAAGAUUGAUGGAGCUAGAGAAAUAUUCUGCACAUCUGAGGGAGAAUGGAGCGCUAAUCCACCGACAUGUAAAGAAAUAUUUUGUCAGAAGCCACAAAUAUCUAAAGGAGUUGUGACAAAUCCUAAGAAUAUUUACAAAGAAGACGACAGAAUAUCCUACAGCUGCAAUCCUGGGUUCAAAUCAGAGAGAAAUGCAGAAGCCACUUGUACUGGAAAUGGCUGGAGCCCUGAGCCGUCGUGUGUAGAAAUCGUUUGCUAUCCUGAUAGAGUAAUAAAUGGGCAAGUUACACAGCCUAAGGUUAUGUACAAAGAGGGAGAGACCAUUAAGGUGCAAUGUGAUCGUGGAUUCCAAUUAGAGGGUGAUGCUAAUUUACCAAGAACAUGCACAAAGAACGGCUGGUCCCCUCCAAUGAAAUGUAUCAGCAAAAUGUGUGAUAGACCUCAAAUUUUAUAUGGAAAACUUACCUGGGGUACAUACUAUGGUUUUCCAAAAACAAUAAGCUCUGUUAUAGAAUACUACUGUAAUGAUGGUUAUUUACCACCGGAUAAAGAGUACUAUAGAAGAUCUAUGUGUACAGAGAACGGAUGGAUUCCCAGACCGCAGUGUUUAAGAACAUGCUCCAAUUAUUAUGUCAGAGUGGACAACGCUGAGCUACUGGCAACUCAGAAUGUUUAUGUGAGUGGUGAUAAAGUGCGGUUCAGAUGUUACCGAGAUUAUAAAACUGAAGAUGGAAAUGAAGAAGGUGAAAUAGAAUGUCUUCCUACUGGCACGUUUACCACAGCAAGAUGCAGAUACAAAAAGACCUGCACAAUCACAGCUUUGGAUCAUGGGAGUUACCAGCCGCAAAAAAAAUCAUUUUAUGUUGGUGAAAAUUUGCGAUAUAGCUGUAAUGACGGAUUUGUGAGUCCGAAUCAAAAUAGGGUUGAAAAUCUCCAAUGUACUUCAAAUGGAUGGCAACAUACCCCCAAGUGUACUGAAAUCAGAUGUCCUAUACUAAAAGAAAGCAAAUUAAUAUCUACAAAGCAAGCAUAUAAAGAGGGUGAUGUUGUCCAGUUAUCGUGCAAGGAUGGCUACAGGUUGUCAGGCUCUGCAUACAGUCAGUGUCAUUACAAUGGCUGGUUCCCACCUCUGCCGACCUGUGAAGAAAGGAACUGUAACCUGCCAGAAAUUACAGUUGUUAGUGAUGUUAAAAGGACGCCUUACCUGUUGACCUAUAAAGUAGAUGCUGAAGCGGUAUUCUCGUGUUAUAAUGGCUACAAACUAACUGGAGAAAGUAGGAGUCGAUGUUCUGAACAUGGCUGGGAUCCACCAAUACCGUCAUGUACAGAAAUGACCUGCACUGUUACAGACACUGAUAUUUUAACAAGUGGAAAUAAAAGGGAAGUUAAAUAUGAUGAGACAUUACAAGCCAGGUGUGCGGGACCUAAUAGUUACCGGAACUACUUGUGUACAGAAUCUGGUUGGAGGCCUUCAUUACCAACUUGCUCAAAGAAGGAUCCAGCUCCAACUACGUCUCCUACAACUGUGGCUCCAAUUGAACCUGAGAAGAAGGAUCCAACCACACCAGCUCCAAGCACUGUUAUUGUAGUUGCUCCUGGCGAAUGUCCACAAGCCCCUCAAAUAAAAAAUGCUCGCAUAAAGGACCUCAAGAGCAGAUAUUAUAACGGUGACGCUAUUGAGAUUAAAUGUAAUCCUGAGUAUAAACUUUAUGGUUUGGGAUUAAUCAACUGUCAGGAUGGAAAAUGGGGAUCUCUACCUCAGUGUGUCCAAUUACAGGAAUGUGAUCAGCCACCUACUAUAGAAAAUGGAGAAAUUACUAAAGAAUCCAUUGAAGAAAGAUAUUUUACUGAUGCUAAAGUGAUUUACAAAUGCAAUGCUGGUUUCCACAUAAGCGGGUCAGAUGAAAGCUUGUGUCUGAAUGGACAAUGGACGGCAGCUCCUGUCUGUGCAGGAGACGAUUGCAGAAAAGCUCCAAUUAUUGAGUUUGCAUUUAUUGAAGGUGAAAAGCCAAGCUACCAACAUAAUGACCGUGUGGAAUAUAAAUGUCUAGAUGGUUACAAGCAUGAAGGAAUCAGUACAGCUAAAUGCCUGCAAGGAGAAUGGUAUGACCUACCUACCUGUGUCUCUACCAAGUGUGAAUCACCUAGACCUAUUCCAAAUGGAAGGCUAAAAACAAAAACAAAUGCGGAGUACCUGCCUGGUGAAAAAGUGCAAUAUGAAUGCUACUGGGGAUAUGCUUUGGAAAAAAACAAAAAUGAAGCAGUUUGUGAAAAUUCUAGAUGGGUACAGACACCGGUGUGCAAAAAAAUAGGAGAACGCUGCGAUCUACCACCUGUAGUACAAAAUGGAGUCAUACGACAAGACAGAAGGUUAAUAUAUGAAUCUGGAAGUACAGUGGAGUAUGUGUGUCCCAAUUACUAUGUAAUGGAAGGAAAGGCUAUAAUUAAAUGUGAGAAUGGCGUCUGGGAUGAUCCUCCUGUUUGUUUAGAGCCGUGCACUGCAGGGGAGAGACAAAUGAAAGUGCACAAUAUACGGCUGAGAUGGAGAUCUGACACCAAACUAUACUCUAAACAUGGAGACACUAUGGGCUUUUCGUGUCUAGAUGGAUAUGAGAUAAAUGACGAAGCAUUACUUAGAGUGACGUGUAUCAGAGGAGAACUGAAAUAUCCUAAAUGCAUCAAGAGAGGUUCGUGUGUUUUAUCACAGACAACAAUGGAACAGAACAGCAUCUAUUUAAAUAGAACCAGUGAGAUUGAAAGUGGAGAAACGGUUGAGUUUAAGUGUAAUGAAGGAAUGGUACCCGAGACCUCCCUGACAGCUACAUGCAGAUCGAACAUUAUAAAUUAUCCCAAAUGUAUUGCUGAUAGAAAGUGUGUCUCUACCCCUAAUGUUCCAAAUGGAAAACUUAAAAGCGAGCAGCAGGACAGCUAUGACUCAGGAGUGUCAGUGGAAUUCGAGUGCAAUCCGGGUUAUGUGCAAAUUGGUUCUGUAAAUGUAAAAUGCACGAAAGGGGAGUGGUCUGAAAUCCCUAAAUGCCUCAAGCCCUGUACAGUGUCAGAAGAAGAACUUAACAAUAAACACAUAGAGCUACGGUCACAAGAUGACCUGGAUAAGUCUCAUACACACGGCACAGAAGUGAAUAUUAAGUGUAAAUUGGGGUUACGUCAUCCAAAUCAAGCGUCACUAAGACUUGAAUGUAUUGACGGCAGAAUGCAUUAUCCAAAAUGUUUUUCUAAGCAAACGUGUCGUCUAGAUCAAGACAAACUUGAUGAAAAUUUCCUGGAGCUGGACCCACUUCACAAUAAUGAAAAUUACUAUGAAGAGGGAGAUAUUGUGCGUUUUAGAUGUAAACAAAAAUACGUUAAUACCAGUGGCACAGAAAGAACUUGUACUAAAGGAGAAGUGACCUAUCCAACAUGCUCACCAAGACAUGCCUGUUACAUCAACCAAAGGGACCUUGAUACAAAUAAUUUAGAAAUAUCCCCAAAUCAUAGAAAUGCACAUUAUUUUGAGAAUGGAGCAUUGAUAGAAUUUACUUGCAAACCUGGAUAUGAGAAGAAAACAGUAACUAAAAAAUGCAGACAGGGAAAAAUUGAGUAUCCCACUAAGCUGUGCAAAAGAAACAUCAGUUUGAUGAAAAACAGGAAGAAAAGAAACAAAGGAAUUUCCCUGAACUAGAAGGGUCUUUGUUAUGAUCUGCAGAUAUAAAAUACACGGCUGAUUGACCUCUUGCGUCACUAGUGCGCCUGGCACCUGUUUGUGUAAUCAGAGCUAAACACGUAUCUACUAUAAACUGAAGUCUUCACUUUUAAACAUGAAAUGUCCUGAUGUCUGUAUAAUACUCUUCAUGUUGUCCUAUUGUCCUAUAAAACGACUGUGAUAUCAUUAAACUGCAUUUAUUGUCAAUUAAA